AUGAGUUUGAGUUCUGUAGAGAUGGAGUGGAGUUUCCUUGUUUAUUCCAGCACCAUCUUUUUACCAAUUUUGUUCUUCAUAUUCUACAAAAGAAGGCCAAAUUACAACAGGCUACCUCCAGGACCACCUGGAUGGCCAUUAUUUGGUCACAUGUUCCAACUUGGAACUGCACCCCAUAGAACCAUAGCCGGACUCAAACAAAAGUAUGGCCCUGUUGUGUGGUUAAAGAUUGGUUCAGUCAACACAAUGGUUAUACAAUCUGCAGAUGUAGCCAACGAAUUUUUCAAGAACCAUGAUCUCUCAUUCAUCGACCGCAACGUUAUUGACACCAUGAGGUCCAAGGAUUACCACAAGGGUUCCUUGGCGUUGGCUCCAUAUGGCGUCUAUUGGCGCGUGAUGAGGCGGCUCUGCACUGUGGAAAUGUUUGUUAACAAGAGAAUCAAUGAAACCGUAUCUGUAAGGAGAAAGUGCAUUGACAAUAUGCUCUUGUGGAUAGAAAAAGAAGCCAACUCUGUGGAAGGAAGGAAGAAUGGUAUUCAGGUGGCACGAUAUGUUUUCUUGGCAUCGUUUAACAUGAUCGGGAAUCUGAUGUUGUCCCGAGAUUUAGUGGAUCCAGAGUCGAAAGAAGCUUCAGAAUUCUUUGAAGCCAUGAAGGGAGUAAUGGAGUGGGGUGGCCAUCCAAAUAUUUCAGAUUUAUUCACUUGGCUUAGGUGGCUCGAUCUGCAAGGUCUAAGAAGAAAAAUGGACCGUGAUCUGGGGAAAGCAAUAGCUAUUGCUGCAAAAUUUGUCAAGGAGCGUAUAGAAGAAUGCAAGGCAGGCGGACCAAAGAGGAAUGACUUCUUGGACGUGUUGCUCGAAUUUGAAGGAAGCAAGAAUGAACCUGAUAAAUUAUCAGAACUGGAGAUAAACAUAUUUACACUGGUAUAUUUCUAUUUUCAUUUUCACUAA